AUGAUUAUGGAUUUUCUGAGCGAGAAGUUUGCCCUGAAAAACCAGCCGAGUAAAAACAGUGACUUUUACAUGGGAGCAGGAGGCACUUUGGAGCACGUUAUGGAAACUUUAGACAAUGAGACCUUUUACAGCAAAACCUCCGCCAGCAAAUGUGUGCAGGCCUUCAAUCCUCUCCAAAGGGCAGAGCAUCAUGUGAGACUGGACAGGACAUCUCCCUGUCAGGAGAAUAAUGUGAACUAUGGGAUUACUAAAGUCGAAGGACAGCCUCUUCACACAGAGCUAAAUAGAGCCAUGGACAACUGUAACAGCCUCAGGAUGUCUCCAGUCAAAGGGAUGCAGGAAAAGGGAGAACUGGAUGAACUUGGCGAUAAAUGUGACAGCAAUGUGUCCAGCAGCAAGAAAAGGAGACAUAGAACCACCUUCACCAGUUUGCAGCUGGAAGAGCUCGAAAAAGUCUUCCAGAAAACACAUUAUCCUGAUGUGUAUGUCAGAGAACAGCUUGCUCUAAGGACAGAGCUGACUGAGGCCAGAGUCCAGGUUUGGUUUCAGAAUCGAAGAGCUAAAUGGCGAAAAAGAGAACGUUAUGGCCAAAUACAACAAGCUAAAAGCCAUUUUGCUGCCACCUAUGAUAUAUCUGUCUUACCACGGACUGACAGCUACCCACAGAUUCAAAACAAUAUGUGGGCAGGAAAUGCAACGGGUGGCUCUGUGGUGACCUCCUGCAUGCUGCCACGUGACACGUCCUCCUGCAUGACACCAUAUUCUCACUCGCCUCGGACAGAUUCCGGAUACACUGGGUUUUCAAACCACCAGAACCAGUUUGGCCAUGUUCCCCUCAACAAUUUUUUCACUGACUCUCUCCUCUCUGGGGCCACCAAUGGACAUGCAUUCGAAACAAAGCCAGAGUUUGAAAGGAGGUCUUCCAGCAUCGCCGUUCUUCGAAUGAAGGCCAAAGAGCACACUGCCAAUAUUUCAUGGGCCAUGUAA